AUGAUUCUUAAGGAGGAGCCCCACGUGGAACCGGGCGAGAAGGUGCCUUUCUCUUUCAGAAUAUUGGAGGAGAAGUUGCCUAAAGGAUAUCGACCGCCAACCAUUGGAGAAUAUGACGGCAGCAAAGACCCCGAAGAUCAUCUGCGCAAAUUUAGGAACGCUGCCUUGCUACAUCAAUAUAGUGACGCUGUUAAGUGUCGAGUGUUCCUGAACACUCUCUCUGGCUCGGCACAAAAAUGGUUUAAUGGAUUGCCACAUGGAUCCAUUACCUUCUUUCAGAAUUUUAAGACUGUUUUCUUGCGUCACUUUGCUAGUAGCAAGAAAUACCAAAAAACAUAUCACUGCCUCUUCGCCCUUAAGCAGGGGUCAGCCGAACCCCUACGAAGCUAUAUCAAGCGAUUUAAUCAAGUAGCUCAGGACGUCCCAUCAGCUACUUCUGAGAUAUUGAUGAGUGCCUUCUCUCACGGAUUUGCAGAGGGGGAGUUCUUCCGGGAUCUUAUUCCAGAUCCAGUUAAGAAUUUUGAUAGCGUGCUGGAAAGAGCGACCAGUUAUAUUAACGUGGAGGAGGCCCAAGCUGCUCGAAGGAAGGCAGACCGAACGCUUGCCGCUGCUAACAAAUCGGAGAGGCGAGCACCUCAACAGCCAGCCCAACCCCUUCCCCGGGCGCGGGAAAUCAGGCCUCUCUUUCAGCCCGGGCAGGAAAUUAGACUAGCACCACGAGUCGCGACAGUUCAUGCCCCCCGACCUGGACCAUGGAAGUCCCGGUACUGCACUUAUCAUCGUUCCCGUACUCAUGAUACUAACCAUUGCUUUCAGUUCGCUCGGGAUUCUAGGCGAGCUGCUGAGCUAGGAUUACCGCCUCCAGAGUUAGCCCCUCAAGUGCUCAAAAUGAUGGAGGAGCAAUGUGCCGUAGCUGGGUCAGGAGGUAGAUCCCACCCCGACCCAGCGGGAUCUAAUGGUCAACAGCCUGGUCGGGUUAGGGAACCAGGAGAAGCUCAAGAUGCAGAAAAUCGCAACAAUGCAGCCGUCCGAGAGAUAGGCAUGAUCUUCGGAGGCCCAACUGACAGAGAUUCUGGGAGAGCGCGCAAGUCCCAUGUGUAUCACUUGGAGGUCUAUACCGUCGGAUGUAGUCAAGAGCAGGCUGCUGGCCCUGUCAUCAGCUUUGGGCCAUAA